AUACCAAAUGAAAUUUGAAACAAAGACAACUCACAUCUACUGUGUGAAACUACGAACAUCCAGCAAACAGAGCAUCGUGACUAAAAAGUGACAUCUAUCGUCUUCACCCCAUCUAUCUCAACUCCCAACAAUGGCGAUCGCACAAAUAGCCACCAUCGUCUUCAUAUACAUAAUAUCCAUCCUCUCAGAGUCACGAAGCGACACGAACCACGUCUACUCACCCUGCUCAGACUCCAAGAUACAGCGCUCCGAUGGCUUCACUUUCGGCAUCGCUUUCUCUACUAAAAACUCAUUUUAUCCCGAUAAUAACAGCUCUCGUGUUCAAUUGUCGCCUUGUGAUAAGCGACUCUCGCUUUCCAACUCUCAGAUUGCUGUGUUUAGGCCUAAAGUUGAUCAGAUCUCGCUUCUCACUAUCAACACUAGUAGCUUCUUCCCGGAUACAUAUGGUGGAUAUAUGGUGGCAUUUGCAGGCCGAAAGUAUGCGGCGAGAUCUCUUCCGGCAUUUGUGGCCAAUGGUACAUUUACCGUAACCAGCUUUACUCUGGCUCUUGAAUUCAAGAAGGGUAGGCUGCAAAACUUAUUUUGGAAGAGAGAUGGCUGUUCAAAAUGCUCAGGGGACUCUAGUUUUGUUUGUCUUAACAAUCAAGACUGUGCUAUCAAAACCAAUAGCUGUCUGAAGCGAGGGCAGGGGGGUUCUGUUGACUGCAGCCUUGGGAUACAAAUGGCCUUUUCUGGCACAGACAAGCAUAUGUCAGUUCUCAACUCUUGGUAUGAGGUGAAGAAUCUACGACAAUACUCUCUUUAUGGCCUAUACUCCAACCUCAAGGAUUCUCUCACUAGCCAAUACAACAAGUUCUUUUGAUUAUUUUCAUGGUAUUAUAUACUUCAUCAAGUGAUUUGUUGUAAGUUUUCCUGUGUAAUGUCUUUUGAUCUCUAAUUACUCACCCAGCAUCUGCGUCUCUAGUUUUCUAUCGAAGUACUUCAAAUCAUGCAUAUUUUAAACUUCAAACCCCCUUGUAGCUACUGAAGAGCUGAUUUUCUUUUAUUUGAUUAUAUUAUAUAUUAAAUUCAUAUGUUUGAGUUCAA